AUGGCAUUUGCGGAAGGACAAAAAGGAAGAUGGAUGAGAAAUGGGACAGAAGAGAGGAGAAAAGGAUUGCUUCGGAUUUUACUGAAAGCUCCGCCCGCAAUUGAUUUCCAAAAUGUUAAGAAAUUCUUGAAUUUUCUUCUUAUACCCGAAUUCAAGUCAACAGGUCAACAACGCAUCAUAUUGGUCAAAGACAAAUGCGCACUGUUACUUGAGGGAUUUGAUGCUGAAAAUAUAGACAUACAUGCAUACAUACAUACAUACAUACAUACACACACAUACAUACACACAUACAAAAAAAGAAGUGAACAAAUUGAUAAACCGAAAAUUUCAUAA